AUGAGAAUUUUAGUAACUGGGGCCGCUGGUUUUAUUGGAAGCCAUGUUGCACUGGAGUUACUUGAAGCUGGGUAUGAUGUUAUAUGUAUCGAUAAUUUCUCCAAUUCUGUGCAAGAUAACGAUGGGAAUGCGGUCAGUUUAAAACGUGUUUCACAAAUUAUAAACAAAGAGGUGCCGUUUGUUUUUGCUGACUGCAGUAAUGAGAAACAACUCGAGGCCGUUUUUGAAAAAUAUUCGAUUAGUGGUGUGGUUCACUUGGCUGGUUGGAAAGCAGUUGGUGAAUCAGUAAAAAAUCCCCUUGGUUAUUAUAGUAAUAAUCUCACUGCUACACUAGUCUUACUCAAGCUAUGUGGAAAAUACAAUGUUAAGAGCUUUAUUUUCUCGAGCAGUGCAACUGUUUAUGGACCACCAAAAAGUUUACCGAUUAAAGAAACUGACCCGGUCGGAUGUACGAUUACUAAUCCUUAUGGUUACACUAAAUAUAUGAUCGAACGAAUUUUGAUGGAUUUAGCUAACUCUGAUAAGAGCUGGAAUAUAAUCAUUCUAAGAUAUUUUAAUCCCGUGGGUGCCCAUCCUAGUGGACUCAUUGGUGAAGAUCCGAAAGGAAUUCCAAACAAUUUGAUGCCGUACAUGAGCCAAGUGGCCAUUGGAAAAUUACCAGUGUUGUACAUAUUCGGAACCGAAUUUGAUACUGCUGAUGGUUACGUGCUUUUCUAUGGGACCGGUGUACGAGAUUAUAUCCACGUUGUGGACUUGGCUCGAGGACAUGUAGCAGCAUUUGAUCGUCUUAAGCAGCAAAUUUCUAGUUGUGAAGUUUAUAAUCUUGGAACUGGAAAAGGAUAUUCAGUUUUGGAGAUGGUUACCGUUUUUGAAAAAGUCAGUGGGCAACAAAUAAAAACGGAAAAUAGUCUGCCUAGACCAGGCGAUGUAGCCUGCGUUUAUUGUAAUCCAUUGUUAGCCGCCCAGAAACUUGGUUGGAAAUGUCAAUAUGGUCUUGAAGAAAUGUGUCUUGAUUUGUGGAAUUGGCAGACAAAGAAUCCAAAUGCAACAAAAUCGUUGAAUGUUGGUAUCCUGGGACAUGUGGACUGCGGUAAAACAACUUUGGCGAGGGCAUUAUCCACAAUGGGUUCAACUGCUUCAUUCGAUAAGCAUGCCAAAACUUCCAACCUUCGAGCUAAUACAAUCGAUCUUGGCUACUCGACACUGACCAUCGAUGACACAGUAAUUGCUCUAAUAGACUGUCCUGGACAUGCUUCAUUAAUCAGGUCAGUGCUUGCAGCUUCAUCAGUUUUUGAUAUGGCAUUUGUUGUGAUAGAUAGCAGCAAAGGGAUCGAGCAACAAACCGCCGAACAUCUUCUCCUUGUAUCACUGUUAUGUCCUGACCAUGUUAUUCUUAUCCUUAACAAGAUUGAUUUAAUAGACGAGAAAGCAGUGGAACAAAUGACAAAACGUUGCAAGAAGGCAGCAUCUAGCUUAAAAAUAAACUCAAAUCUACAAAUUGUACCAAUAUCGUUAAUGGAGCAUAAAGAUGAAGCGAUAGUGGCAUUAAUAAAUGCUUUGCGUUUGGCGCUUUAUACACCUCAGCGAGUUUCUUCUGGCCAUUUUAUGAUGUUUGUCGAUCACUGCUUUCCUAUAAAAGGAAAAGGUACGAUAAUGACAGGCACUGUUGUCGAUGGGAUGUGCAAAGUUGGGAUGGAUGUGGAAAUAGCAGUUUUACAAGAAAAACGUAAAAUUAAAAGUAUGCAACGUUGGAAGGAAGAUGUUUGUAGUGCAGGAAUAGGAGAUCGAGCAGCUUUAUUAUUUCACAAUAUUCCUAGCAAUGAUAUUAAUCGAACAGUUAUAUAUGAACCAGGAACACUGCGCCGUGUGCGGUUCUUGUUGGUCAGUGUGAAUCGAAUAGAGCACUUCCAAGGAGUUCUUCGCAAGGGUUCCAAAUUACAUGUUUCAACUGGUUUCGAUACUAUUAUUGGACAAUGCCAGUUCCUGACCUCAGCAUUUUCCGAAGAAGAAGAUCAUUAUGAAAUAGUACAGGAAUUGGAUGAAACUGUAAAAUUUGCAAUAAUUAGCUUGGAACGAUUUAUAUACACAAAAGAAGGUAGUUUUUUUAUCACGUCCAGGUUAGACCAUCAAGGUAAAGGCUGUCGCUUUGUUUUUCAUGGUAUAUUUUUGAAAUUACUUGAUAACGACAAACAGAUAUGUCGUUUUCGGCGGAAGAAAAAAAUUGGAAAAGUUGAGCGAAUCGAAAAUGAACGAAGCAUAAUUUGCAAUUCUCUGUUCAAAAAAGAAACAAAUAUUGAUAUAUACUGUGACAUGAAUGUUUAUCUUUCUACUGGUGAGGUAGGUCGCAUAGAGUCUGCAUUCGGGAAAAAUGGGAAAGUUCGGAUAUCAUUUUUGGAGGACUUGCCAGAGAGUACAAGGACUGCUUGUAAGAAUGGGUCAGAAAUACAAGUAACACUGUAUUUUAAAAAAUUCUUAAAUGAUGGAAAAAUUAAAUGUUGUUCACCAGAUCUUACCACCCAGAUGGACUUCAUGUUAAGAGUUUCAUUUCGUUUUACGCCAAUUCGACGAAUUGCAAUUUUAUGGAAUUUUUCGCAUCACAAAAAUAGCCAUACACUGAGUUCAACUUCAAAUGGACGGUCUUACAAAUUAUUGAACAUAAGUAUACGUACCAAAACGACAAAUAAAAGGAGGUCGUAUGUUGAAAUCAUUAGUGGAACAACAGAAAAUCCAAUUAAUGAUAACGACAGUAGAUUUUCCAAAAAAGGAUAUGUCGAGAUUUGGAAAAAACCGAGAAAAAGAGAACAAAUGUACACUGCAAAGACACUGUCAGAUAUGCGGGAAGAUGCUGAUAAGCUGGCACAAACACUGUACAAAUUAAGGACGAAUGAAAAAGGUCAACAACAAAAGCCAUCGGAAAUAGCCGUUAAUGAGCUGAAAGUUGAGGAAGAAGACCUUAGGUUGAGCACGUAUAUUGAUGGUUCUGUUGAACGCCUUUCAUUCACCAUCCGCACUCCCGAUCGUCGGAUUCUUAUUAAGAAAUUUACUGGUAUUACUGUUUCCAGAACUAUUUUGGAAAUGUUACGGAAUCGGAAAGUGCGUAUCAACGAAAUCGUCAUGUAUGAUUUUGCAAUUGUUUGCAAACCGAUGGAUACGUUGGAUAUUUGGAAGGGAGAAUUGAAAGAGAAUCCGGCAUUUGCUCGAAUAGAUCGUUUUCAAAUUCUUCAUGUUCUACCUUCUUCUUGUUAUCAGUAUUUCACCGUGCAUGCCAUAGCCUUUAGGGAUUUUUUGGUCGAAAAUUGGUUUCCGUGGGAAAUUCCAAAAGUCGUAAACCAUCAUUAG